AUGGACAUAGAUGGAAAUGGAAAUUCGGUUUUCACAAUAUAUGCCCUUCUUAAAGGAAUUUCCUCAUGCCCUUUUUAUGAGACUCUUACUCCUAAUGGAAAUUAUUCAUACAUCUUUAUGAUGGAUUAAUAUAGUGAUUUGAAAUGGAAAAAAGGAAAUAAUGGAAAUCCUGGCUACACAAUAAGUAAUCCUUAAAUAGCUGGUGGGUUUGUUUUUGCAGCUAUAGACAAUAAAGGCAGCUAUAGAUUGCUAAAAUUUGAUUCUACUAAUGGACAAUAGAUGGAGGAUAGAACACUAGAAAAAUACACUCCUACAGUAGGAACAGAUAAAAUCACUUAAUUACAAAUUAAGGCAGAUCAGAACACUCAAGAUAUCUACUUAUUCUUGCAAAUAACAUCUGCCUAUUUUAGUGCUCUAGGCCUUAAUCCCACAACUGGGAUUCAUGCAGCAAUGCUGGUGAAAAUUGAUAAGGAUAUGACAAUCUAAUGGUGGAAAUUCGUGAAUGUACUAACUGCAUCAACAUUUUAUUUCUCAUCAAAUUUAGCACUAGGUAAUUCGUACGCUUGGACAGCUGGAAUUGUCUAGGGAACUACGAUAGCGGUAAAUAUUGCUUAGGUAGAUAAAACUAAUGGAGCUUUUAUCAAAGAUUAUUAACUUGGAGGAUAACCUUUAACUAUAACUCCUCCAGUCAUGUGUGUUAAUUAAGCUGAAGAUAAAUGGGUUUUUGCUUUUUCGAAUGCAUUGCUAUUCAAUAUUGUUAUUGGCCAAGUUUCUGAUAACGUUGUAGUGAAUCAUUAUACCACAAACGGCAUUACUUAUUCAAAAACCAUUCAAGCAUUUUCUAUUAACCCAACAAAUGGGUAAGUAACAGCUUAGCAAAUAAUAAAUGGAAACUUUACUGUUUCCCCUUUGAUUAAAUUGAAAACUUCACUCAGAAAUGGCCAGUUGUUCUUUAGUCUCUAUACAUAAAAUUUAAUACCUUAAUAUCCGACAAUAUUGAGAGUAAAAAUGAUUAUUUUAAUACCUAAAGUUGUGGUGCCUAUACAGGAUUCAAGUGCAACUUUGAGGCUUAAUGUAUUGGAUAUAACUGAUAGAACACUUGAUGCUUCAGCAGCAAAAAUAAUGGCUACUACCAUGUAGAAGUAGACAUCUACUAUGAGGGCAUUUUCAUUAUAAAGCUGUAAUUAUCUGUAUAAAACUGAAUUACAAGAGGAGAUUAUCGUUGAUAUUGAUACCACCUCUGUUGGCUUUUCUGGAUGGGAUUGUAGAAAUAGGCAAUUCACAAUGUUAGGAUUGAAACUAUAGAAUGGAACUGAUGCUCCAGGCAUAAGAGUUGACUAUCAAGACCCCAAGAAUUUGACUAUUUCUCCUGCAGGCAGUGCUAUGUGGGAAUUAUUUGGCUCUCGAAUCGUAAAUCUAUUAUUUUCUAAUGAAGAUGUAUAAGUUACUGCCCCAAUAAGACUUACAACAAAUAUUCCGAAAGAAUGGCCAAGAGAUCCUAGAUCUCCACCAACUGAUGUUUGUAUCGAUAAGAUUUAUCCUUUUUUCUUUGGCUAAAGUACUGAAGUGUAAAUAGUUUAAUUGUCAGUGGAUGAUUACAAAAAUUUUUUGAUGGCUGGAUAUGCUAUGAAUAAUAUCUAUUCUGAAACUGAAGUUUCUCUAAGUACACAAUAUAGAGGGUUUAUUCAAUUAAUGGACUAAAAAGCAUAUAGAUUUUGGGUUUACAAAGUAAGUUCUUCAAUUCCAACCUUUGAAGAAUCAAAAUGCUACUAUGCACAACAAUGGUAACUCUGGGUUAGCGCUAUUUGCACAGCAUAUAAUGUAGAUACUAAGAAAUUUGCUCCUGUGUUUAUCAGGCUAGAUUACCAAACAGGCAGAUAUAUAUACUCUAGAUGGUUACCUGCUGAUCCAGUUAACUCAACUCUUUAGAUACCAUUAUCACUUCAAUCAUACUAUUCAUAUAGAUCAGUUAUCCUAUUCAAAUAUAAAAAGACUCCAACUUAAAGUGGUAUAGCAGCGCUAAGUCUCUAUGAAUAGGACUUUCUUGUAUUAGAAUGGAUGAAGUUUUACGUAGACACUGAUGCUACCUAUUUCACAGAUAUAAUUUAAGAUUUUUAAAAAGAGCAGAUAUUCAUAGUAAAGCAUGUGCCCACAAAAUACUGUUAAGUCACUAGAAUAGAUUCCACAACUGGAAAGUUGGUCGGAUAAGUUCAUUUAAAUUAAGGUACAGCUGAUAGAUCAGGUUUCUCAGGAACUCAUGGUAUCACCAAUAUAGUGGUUCCAUUUUUACAGAAUUCUAGUCCUUAAAAAAUUCAUCUCUAUGUUCUUGACAAAGUUGAACUUAUUACUAUGAAAAGCAUCAGAUUGACAAUGACUGCCAAUUAUGUACUGACAAGUGUUACUGCUGGUUCGGAUUCUUUGAGUAAUACUUAUCUAGCAGGAGGAGGCAAUGUUGCUUUCUUCGCAAAAUUCAACAUUGACUUUACAACAUAUACUUACAAAAUGAUGCAAGGAGAUAUUACAGGAUCUCUUGCUCCCUAGCAACUUUUGUAAUACUAAGACAUUUAGUUCUACGUUUUUCUUGGGAAAUACAAAGUUGCUGAUAAGCCCUCAACUAUCAUAUUUAAAGGGACUGAUUUGACCUACAAUUGCUUUAAUAUAAAUGAGUUAACAGGUGCAAAUGUCAAUUAUUAUCCAACUCUAGAUGUACUCAACACUGCAGUCUUCGACAUUACUAGUCCAAUUCUUGAGACAGAUGUGCUUACUUUUAUCAGUGGCACAAGCAAAUAUGAUGUAGAUAAAGAAUUCGUAAAAUCCAAAAUUAGAUGGUAUUCUACCUUUUUCAUUGGAAUUACUUGGGCGAACAUUUUAAAUCAAUAGUAUAAUCUUGUAGAUGGUGUGUUCACUGACAAAUUUAGAGAGUAUCCGAAUUCAGCAGUAAAUUGUGGAAUGAUUGCAGGCAUUGAUUUUCCUCCAGUAAAUAGAACAAGAAUAGCGCCAAGAAAUGCAGGUGGAAUGAGUUUUUAAAACGCAACUCCUAAUUGUCAAGGGAGAAUUACAACUGUUUCAGCUUUAGAUGCAGUAACUGAAAAUACUACUUUUAGAAUUCCUGGAAUUAGUUGGGAUCCUACAAUGGUAUCAUUGCAGUUUUAUGGAAUGUUAAGUGGGCCAUUGUAUACUUUUUACAUAAAAUAGAGAUUUUAAGAUCUUAAAAAUGGAUUACCAUCAGGAAGCUACAAAGAUGUUGAUCUGUUUUAUCAAAUGUAUGAAACUAAAUCACCAUUCCCUACGUAUAUAGAUGAAUCAUAACCAUCUGGAUGUGCUUAAUCUCCUUAUCCUUUUAUUUUUGGGGGUAACAUUACUGGUGAUGAUUACUUAACUAUGACGAUGCAUGUUACAGAAGAUAAUUUUAUCUUACUAGGUGGGAAUGCUAAUACUUAAACUAAUCUUGUAUUUUCAAAAGAAGAUUCAAAUGGAGGCUUUAUAAUGAAAAUUGGCCCUAUUGGUUAUGUGUUGUGGGUUGUCUAAAUGUAUUCAGCAAAAGGAGCUUAUCAUCAAGUAUCAGCUGUCACAUUAGUAAAUCAGACAGUUUAUGCAUUUUAUUCAACUCCAAAAGUUACUUCUAUCGACAAAAUUUAUAAUUCAAUAGUAAAGAUGACAUAUAAAGAAGGAAAGACAUUUUGGAUGCAAAAUUUCUAUGUAAAAGAUGCUUUUCCUAGUGGUUUACUAUAUAUGAAAGAAGCCUACGAUUUAGCUUCUGAUUAAAAACCAAAAUCUAUUAAAUUUGUACUUUCAUUCACAGCCUAUUGGAAUAAUAAUUUAGCUUAACAUCCUGGCAAUAUUUUCUUUCAAGAUAGUGUUAAUUUAGGACUAACUUCAAGCUAUACUUAAAUAUUUUAACCUAUAAAACCAAAUUCAAUAUGCUAUCAUGGAUAAGCUUUAUUUGAUAAUGUUACAGACCAUGUCUAUGUUACCUAAUAGUGUUAUUUCUAUUCCUUAACAGUAGACGAUUUAAUAAUAUUGAAAUAAGACUAAGUAAGUGGUGCAGUUAUCUGGAGUAGAAUAUACAAUAUGAAUAGCUUAAAUCCAUCUCUCACUUAAGCAAAACGAAGUUAUCCGACAAUAGUUUAAAACAGAAAGACAUUAGAUCUAAUUGUAGCAUAAACUGGUGGUCAUUCUCAUUUAGUAAAAAUAAAAAAUGAUGGCACAACAUUAAAAAGAGUAUAUGUAAAAACUCAAGUAAGUCAAUCAGCAUCUAUGAUCAACAUUAUCUUUGAUUAUAAAAGAGAUACUAUGCUAGUAAUUAGUUUGACUGAUAGUCUUGGACAAAUUGAAAUGAUAACUCUUGACCUAGAUUUUAAUAUGCUCUCAAACGUGUAUAAAGAGUAUUCUAAUAUAUUCAGAGCUCCUUUAAGAUUCACAUAUCAACCUAGUUCUGGCGACUACUUCUACAUCUCCUAUACAGCUAACAAAUUUGGCAAUACUUUUACUGAAAGUUAGACCGUUUUUUCUAAGAAAUCAGUUAACAUUGAUGAACAUGGGAAAUAUCAAAGUCUAGGCAUGGAAGAUUAAGGGAAUCAAUACAGUCUAAUUCAUAAUUUUCCAAUCAACGAUCAAUCCAUCCCUAAUUCUAUUUUGCUAUCAACAUCUAAACCUCUGACAAUUUAUGAAUCUACUUUUAUGAUAAUUAUGUAAGUAGAAAUAGUAAAUGGCAAGAAGUUGUUCCCUAGAAGCCUGACACAUACAGAUAAGUAUUUCUCCACUUCAGAUCCAAACAAUCCAAUUUUAUGUUCAGCAUUUCCUUCUUACAAUUACCCUCCUUCUUCUUAUCCGAAUAUUCUUGGACCUAGUGCAAGUAUUAUCAACCCUUUCAGAUUUGAUUAAUGCUUUGAAUAAUCUGUUACAUUUAAUGGUAUGUUGAAUGUGACAUACGUUCCAAGCUCUACCCUGUCAUUUACUUUAGGACCUUCUAUAGGAUUUAAAACUAAUUAUGUUGUUGCUUCUGCAUGGAUGGUCAAGAUUAGUAAUGUUUGUCUUAUAGACAUUCCAACAAUUUGCUCUCCAUUCGCAACUUUACCAUUGGCAUAAAAUUCAGACAAUACUGCUCUUGUUCCUAAAAAUGCUCCAAAAACACCAUGUUCAGGAUUUUUUAAUUUCCCCAAGGUACUUGUAGUUACAACUAUAAAUGUGACUGAGGUUACUACAACUGUAAGGAAAACUAAAGUCCAUAACAUGACUGGAAAUUUUAUUAUCUGUGGUCAAAUAAAUAAGCCUCUCUAGUAAGAGUUUAAAUUGGCAUAAAAGACUGGAUUUACUAUGCUAUCAGACUACAAUGGAAUGAUAUAUUGGCUUUUUAUACACACAAGCACAAUUACAGGAAUUGAAUCUUAAUAUGUAAGCUGCUCAUGCACUGAAUCUAUACCUACCUAUUGCUAUAGCGUUUAUCAUUAAUCUAAUGACCAAUUAGGAUUGAUAAAUCAAGCAUACACAAAUGGAGGCAUGAUAUACAUGAAAAGAAUUCCUGGAUUGUAUUCAUAUGCUUAGACUAACAAUAUUAAUGCUUUUUUCAAUAUUGAAAAUAGUACAGUUUACAUUACAGGCUAGAGAUCAGAUGUAGGAACUACAACUUGGACGAAUUUUAUUCUUAAAGUAGAUAUAUCAAAAUCCAGUUAGGCAACAAUAGUUUGGUUUUCUUAUUUGACAUAUCCUGGUUCAGCUAUUACAAACUAAGUGUUUUCGAUGGACUAUUCUAGAAUUUAUGAGCAUAUAUACUCAAUGAGUACUGUAACAAUUAGUGGAACAGUUAAAAUCUAAUUGACUCAAUAUAAAAAUACUAGUGGAAAAUAUUUAAAAUCAAUCCAUUAAAAUUAUGAUACUGUUAAAAAAUCACUCUUUUCUGACUCUAAUGGACAGGUAUUUGUAGUUACUGGUUUUCCUGACGGUACUAAUACUUAUUUUAUUAGAACAAUCCUCUAGUACAAUUAAAAUUUGGUUUUAAUCUAAGGAAAAGAUUUAAAAAUCCCUAUAUCUUAUCAACAAAGUAUCUUUGAACAUGAUUUUAAAAGUGACUCAACGUAUUUUUAUGAAUUUUUUCAUUUCGGCGGCAAAUAUCUAUUCAUUACAAAAGUUCUUAAAUCUACACUCCAAACUUAAAAACUUUAAAUGUAAACUUAAUUUCAUAAUUACUAACUUUUAAUAAAUAGGUAUUCAAACGCAGCGUCAACUAUCUCAAGCUUAGCUUAGCUAUUUCUAUUUCGAGAUUAGUUCUUCAUUUUCUUGCAUUCUGAUAAAUAUCAAUGUAUAUAUCAUUAAUCUUUAAAAUUUUUAGCAACAACACUGCCUUAUUAAUUGUUAUUUUACAUAUUAGAUCAAGACUUUGUUCAUGAUAGCUCUUGUCAUUCUUUUCCUGAUUAGACUAUAAAUGAACAGUCAUACACUGUUUCUUUAAGUGACUAAUUGUCAGGCAUUGUAUAAACUGUUUCUUAAGGAGAAUUUAUACUUUAAGAUUUGCUUGAAAUAUAUAUGGAGAAAAUAACCGCUAGAUAUCCUUUGCUUUAAUAUGCCUCAGCAACAUUAACAGGCUGUACUAAUUAACCAAAUUAAAUUGAUCCUCCAAGAGAUAUUGUAUAUAUUACUCCAACAAGCGUACCUUACUAUUCUUCUAUAUUUUAUGGUUAGCUGACAGAUUGUGUUGGAGCUACAUUCACAAACACCUAUUCAUUUAUUGGAUUUGCCCCAUAAAGGGGUGUUUAUUUCUCAUCUUCUAGUUCAUGGUAACUUUCAUUUGUGAUUAAUAUAACUAUGAUACAUGAUUAUGGUUCAUAAGCAUUUACUGAAAAAUAUAAUGGAGGAGGCUUCAUUGUUGUUGAUCAAACUACUAUCUUUGAGAUUUAUCCUUCAGUGGAUUAUGGAACAGGUAUUAUAAGAUCGACCUGCUCAAGUGCAAUAUAUCCAGCAUUAUUCGGUCAAAAUAACUAUUAAAUUCAGUAUAUGCAGUUCCAUAGCUUAAAUGACAACAUAUUGAUUUGUGGAUCUUCUAGUUAUAUUCCAUAUAACUCUUUAAGAACUGGUGCAUUCAUUAGUCUGUAUACAACUAAUUAUUACUUGAUUUACCAUUUAUUAAUACAAAGCUCCUCGGUUGGUCCAAUUAGAACAAAAUAUUGUGCAACUUCCACCGAUAAUGUAAUCUACUCUGUUACACAUAAAGAACCUAAUAGCGGUCAAACUACAUCAUAUUUAACAUAUUUGACUUAGCAUGCUUAUAAUGGAAAGUUGCUGGGAGCUAAGUAAUUCUCUUAAAGUACUACAACAAUAUAGCAUUCAGUUGAAACAUAAUAUCUUGAUCCAUCAACUGGAGAUUUAUAUCUAAUGGGAGAAAUGAUUGCAAGUUCACUAUGCUCAGGAUACUUGAUUAAAAUUGAUAAGACAUACACAGUACUAAAGUAUAUUAAAAUUGUAGAUCACAUUGGAUCUUACGCUAUGUAGACACAUGCUCUUCUUAUCGAUACGUCAAAUAAUUAUGCGUAUACAAUUACAUCUGGAUAAAGAGGAGCAGACUUAAAUUACCUUGUAGCUUAUUCCAAAUUUAACUAUAAUGAUGGCACUAAGCAAUCAUUAAUUACUAUGCAAAUGAUAUUAAGAAAAUUUUGA